GCUGAUCUCAAACCCGCGAUAGCAGAAGAAGAAGACCAGAUGGCAGAACAGAGCAGCAACUGCCUCCGGGUCCUCGUCGAUCUGCUUUUAGCCGUGCGUCCGCUGGUUAAAUCCUGUAAAAUUCUGGUCUGCGUCGCUGGGAGUUGGGAAACACUUAAUUAUUCCUCGGGGUUGCGGGCCGCCGAGGCGCCUGCACGCGCCCCUCGCUCGUUUGUCUUCUGGAGCUUAUUUCCCCGCAUUCUCCGCUCCUCCCCGGUCUCCAUUGUGCAAAUCAGCCUAAACACGUCGGCUCUUCCCGACCUGACUUUGAUCCGGUCCUCAAUUACAAUGUCUCUUAUUAAAGAGCCCCGCCGUCGCCACUCGUCCGUCCUGACCGCAACCUCUCCUUCUUCACCAGAGCGAUCAUUGUCAUGGACAAAGAAGACUUCAUCCACGACGAAUCAGUCGACGUCGCCGGCCUCUACACCGGCGACGCGCUGCUCAACAACGCCAAAAUUGCCUCGGACAAGGAGCACGAGCUCGGCUUCCGCCAGGCCAUGAAGAUCUACCCCCAGGCCGUCUUCUGGUCCUUCAUCCUCUCCCUCACGAUCGUCAUGGAAGGCUACGACACCUCUCUCAUGUCCAACUUCUACACCUACCCGGCCUUUGCGGCCAAGUACGGAACAUACUUUGACUCCACGACCAACUCCAUGCAGAUCUCCGGUCCCUGGCAAACCGCGCUUGGCGACGCGACCGAGAUCGGAACUUUCUUCGGCGCCCUCCUCAACGGCUACUUUUGUGAGCGAUUCGGGCACCGCAAGAUCCUCUGCACCUCGCUCUUCUUUCUCGCUGCAUUCAUCUUCAUCAUCUUCUUUUCUCCGUCUGUGCAGGUCUUGCUUGUCGGCCAGAUCCUGGUCGGUUUCCCCCUCGGAGUCUUCGCCACCGUCGGUCCUGCAUACGCAUCUGAGGUCUGCCCGCUCGCUCUCCGAGGCUACCUGACCGCCUACAUCAACCUCUGCUGGUCGAUCGGUCAGCUCAUCUCGGCUGGUGUUCUCCAGGGCAUGAAGAACGUCGACAGCAAGUGGUCCUACCGCGUUCCCCAGGCCAUCCAGUGGGUCUGGCCGCUUCCGAUCUUCAUCCUUGUCUUCAUUGCCCCCGAGUCUCCUUGGUGGCUCGUCCGCCGCGGUCGUCUGGUUGACGCUGAACGGUCCGUCAAGCGUCUCAGUAGCAAGAACGCACUGGCUACUCCUCGCGAGAUGAUUGCUAUGAUGAUCCACACCACCAAACUCGAGCAGCAGCUCCAGUCCAACGACUCAUACAUCCAGUGCUUCAAGGGCAUCGAUCUCCGCCGUACUGAGAUUGCGUGCAUGGUUCUCGUCGGCCAGGUCAUGUGCGGAGGUCCUUUUGCCUACUCGCCUACAUACUUCUUCGUCCAAGCUGGUCUGUCGUCCGAUAACUCUUACAAGGUGAACUUGGGCGCCACAGCGCUAGGCUUUGUGGGUACCGUGCUGUCUUGGUUUCUGCUUCCAAAGAUGGGACGUCGAACGAUCUACACCUGGGGAAUGGCCACAAUGUGUUUUCUCCUCUUCCUCGUCGGCUUCCUCUCUCUUGCCCCCGACACCAACCAGUCCGCUCUCUGGGCUGCCGCCGCCAUGACCGUCAUCUGGCAUCUUGUCUACUCCCUCACCAUCGGACCCAUCGGCUGGACCAUCGCCUCCGAGAUCUCCGCCACUCGUCUCCGCCAACAAACCGUCUGCGUCGCUCGCGUGGCAUACUACCUCAUCAACAUCAUCGCCGGCGUAGUCGAGCCCCAGCUCAUCAACGUCACCGAGAACAACUGGAAGGGCAAGACCGCUUUCUUCUGGGCCGGAUCGGCGUUGAUCCAUACCUGCUGGUGCGUCUUCCGCUUGCCGGAAGCAAAGGACCGUACGUAUGAGGAACUUGAUAUCAUGUUUGAGAGAAGAGUCCCGGCUAUGAAGUUCAGAAAGUACGAAGUCAACGCGUUCGAAGACCAAAAUGCGAUUAAUGCGGCAAUGACGACCACCUCCGGUCCGGAGACAGGCGAGGCGACAGUCGAGCAGCGCGAGGCCGAGGAGAAGACAAAAUGAAAAGUCUGCGAGCUUGCGUCUAUCUAGUGUGUUUCAAGUCAUGAUAUGACUUCCUUGUUCUUCUUUGUUUAAUCCAUUUAAUGAUAUGAAGCAAAAUUAUGAAACUCAAAAUAUUUAUAAGUCAUUAUAGU